GACUCGACCUUGUCUUACUACACUAAAUCCAUUCGUGUCACUGGUGACUUGUGCAUAUCCCCAGAAAUGCAAACCAACGAUGCGGUACCUCAGGAAACAUUGCCAACUACUAAGCCUUCACCUAGUUGGAAAUCCUUGCUCUGUUUCACCGACCGAAGACACAUGCUGCCUCUGCUCACUGGAGCUGUCCUUGCGUUGCUUGCCGGUUUGGUAACACCUGCGCUUGCUAUUUUCCUGGGAAAUGUCUUCGACGUCUUUACAUCUUACGGAGCCGGACAGAUCACGUUCGAGGAUCUUCACAGCAAAAUUGUCGCUAGCUGCUUUGGGAUGCUGGGUCUCGGUGCUGCUGGAUGGGUGCUGAGUAGCACCUACUUUGCGGUUUUUAUCGCAUUCGGUGAACUCCAAGCCUCGAAUAUUCGGAAGAGGCUGUUUGCAGAACUAAUCAAGCGAGAUGUUGGCUGGUAUGAGGCUCAAUCAGAAGGCUCGGGGGCUUUGUUUUCUGGUAUUCAAGCGUAUGUGGUCCUCUCGUUCACACUGGAACAGUUCUCUAACGGGUUUGACAGCCACAUUCACGACCUCCAACUAGCGGUAUCUCAACCUCUUGGCCUGCUUUUGCAAUAUUUUUGUCGAUCUCUGGCGUCCUUGGGUCUUGGACUCUACACAUCUUGGAAACUAUCUUUGGUCACUCUCGCGGCUAUCCCACUGUUCUCGUUCAUCAUUGGCUUUAUCUCAAAAAGGAUGAAAUUUAGCAUCGAAGCGCAACAGGCAGAACUCUCACAAGCCUCAAAAGUCUCCAGCAAUGCCGCCAGCUCGAUCGAUGCUAUCAAAUGCUUGAACGGGCAAAAUAUUGAAUUGACCAAUUAUUCUGCCCAUAUUGAGGCAUCCGCGACCCAUUAUCGUCGCCAGGCGCGACUUAACUCCUUGCAAAUCUCAUUUGUACGAUGGAUGGUGUUCGGGAUGUUUGUCCAAGGAUUCUGGUACGGCAGUUCGCUUGCUCGAGCGGGUGAGCUGACCCCGGGCGAGGUGUUGAGAACAUUUUGGGCCUGUUUGACUGCAGCCCAGUCCAUUGAGCAGGUGUUGCCCCAGAUGCUAGUGCUUGAAAAAGGAAAGGUCGCAAGCUCUGUCCUCACGUCAAUACUACAUCGGCAAUCGCCUCACUUUUCCGCAGUCGAAGCCAGAGGUAUGCUUUAUCCGAAGCACUGCGAGGGCGAUAUUGAAGUGAACAAUGUAUCUUUCGCAUACCCGAGCCAGCCUGGUCGAAUCGUGCUCGAACCGUCGACGUUCUUCUUUCCUGCUGGAGAGACCACCUUUGUCAUCGGCAAGAGUGGUUCUGGGAAAACUACACUCGGUCAACUUUUGAUGCGCUUUUACCCCUGCCGGUCCGGCGAGAUACUGAUCGAUGGCAAUUCGAUUGAGAAGCUUGAUAUCAAUUGGGUCCGGAACAAUAUCACUCUGGUGGAGCAACGCAGUGUCCUUUUCAAUGACUCUGUUUUAAAGAACAUUGCAUUCGGACGGCAUAAGCAUGAAUCAGUUUCUGCUGAGGACGUUCAGGGUUCCAUUAAGGUUGCAAUGCUACAAAAUGUGCUAGAUGCGCUGCCUAAAGGCCUUGAUACCUGCGUUGGGCCCGGUGGAAAUCAUCUGAGUGGGGGACAAAGACAAAGAGUCGCGAUAGCUCGAGCCAAGCUUCGUGACACUCCGAUCUUGAUCAUGGAUGAGCCCACUAGUGCUUUGGAUCCUGUGAAUAGAUUGGCUGUGAUGAAUGCAAUUAGGGAGUGGCGAAGAGGGAAGACCACCAUCAUUAUUACCCACGAAAUGGCUCAUAUCAAUGAGCGAGAUUUCAUAUACAUCCUCGAAAGUGGGCGUAUCGUGCACAGCGGGUAUCGAGAUGCGAUCGAAAAACAACCUGAGGCCGAGAAAUAUUUUCGGAAGGACACUCAGGAUGAUUCGAGUGCUGAAGGUGGACUGAAUCCUGCACUGACGGUACGGGACUCUGCUCUCUCCUGGGAAGGUCUAACUCGCCAGAUUUUGUUACCCCAGUCUGCGUUGACUCGAUCUGCACAUCGCGGGUCUCAGAACUUCGGCGGGCAAGCUCACCACCGGGCAACAUCGUGGUCUGAUACGUAUGAGCAAAUACUAUCAAGGGAAGAAGUGCGCUCAAUCGACAGUACAAUGCUGGGUAUUACCUAUAAUGUCAGCAAACGUGGGUCAAUUAUAGGCAUUCCAAGAAGAGAUCUUUCGCCUAUUCGCCCAAGCUCAUGCUAUUCAAGGCCUAUGGUGGAAUUGGAGAUGACUUCAUUACAGCGCAGUGACAGCAAGGGCAGUCAGCCGAGUCCUGAAUCUGCUAUUUUUGCCGCCCAACGCGAGGCUAUCCAUGACGUCGAACCAACAACCAGGUCCAAACGGCAUAAAGAAAAGCCUACAGGCUCUAUGUACAACAUCAUGCGAAGUGUCACGCCAGCUUUGACAUCAAAUCAAAUAGUGAUAUUGUUACUAGGAACACUUUCAGCACUGGCCCACGCGAGCGCAACUCCAAUUUUCUCCUAUUGCCUUUCACAAUUGUUCAGCACCUUCUAUGCUGGCACCAAUAGCGAUAGACUCACAGUUAUGUGGUCCUUGGCCGUGCUAGGUGUAUCGAUUGGGGACGGACUGGCUUCAUUCUUCAUGCAUUACUUUCUGGAGUAUUGCGGCGAGGCCUGGAUGAACUCCCUACGCAAAAGAGCCUUCGAGCGUAUACUUGAUCAACCUCGAGCCUGGUUUGAGUUGCAAUGCAACAGCUCAGCCAGACUCACGGCUCUCCUCGAUCAGAAUGGUGAAGACAUGCGAAAUCUGCUGGGUCGCUUUGCUGGAUUUGUAGUGGUGGCAGUUUCAAUCACAGUGAUGGCCAUCAUCUGGAGUUUGAUAGUCUGUUGGAAAUUAACGUUAGUUGCUCUCGCGUGCGGGCCUCUCAUCUACGCGAUCACCCGCGGGUUUGAAGGCGUGAACGCUUUAUGGGAACAUCGAUGCACCGAGUCGAAUACACUGAUCGCGGAAAUUUUCACGGAGACUUUUUCAGAAAUUCGCACUGUCCGGACUCUAACAUUGGAAGGCUAUUUCCAUGAUAAACACAACAAGGCGUUAUCAAAAAGCCUUGUAGUUGGGUUAAAACGGGCUUGCUAUACAGGCCUAUUAUUUGGUCUGCUGGAGUCCACGGUCAUGUUUGCAAGUGCUUUGAUAUUCUAUUAUGGUGCCAUUCUUGUGGGUGCAGAAUUUACCGUGAAUGACGUGAUGAUGGUGUUCUCUCUCAUUCUCUUCAGCAUCGGAUAUGCAGCCCAAAUCUUGUCAUGGAUCCCUCAAAUCAACACCUCUCGCGAAAUUGCCACGCAGCUCUUGCGCCUGGCGAGCCUGCCCAACAACAAUUCACAUGAGCAUAAAGGACAGUUCAGAUCUUCGAAUCUCACUCCCAUCCAAUUCAUGGGCCUGGACUUCAGAUAUCCAUCCCGGCCUGAGACUAAGGCCCUUAAGAGCGUGUCUUUUUGCAUCGCCCGACAUUCAUGUACCGCCAUCGUUGGCCGGUCUGGCUCGGGCAAAUCGACAAUUGCAUCAUUGCUGAUGGCGCUUUACGAGGCACCGGGGUCCAAAGACGGUCGGCCGACUGUAAAACUUGGCGGCCAUGACAUUUCACACCUGCAUGUACCAACUUUGCGGUCUCACAUCUCCAUGGUUUCGCAACAGCCCAUCAUCUUUCCAGGAACUAUUUACGAUAACAUCAGCUAUGGGCUCGGUGACAGGGCAUCUAUUCAGAGUGUACGUAUGGCUGCAGAGGCGGCGGGGGUUGAUGACUUUAUUCAGUCACUUCCCAACGGAUACUUCACUGUGAUUGGAGAUGGGGGUAUUGGUCUGUCUGGCGGCCAAAGACAACGUGUAGUCAUUGCUCGUGCGUUGCUUCGAAAACCGCAAAUCUUGAUCUUGGAUGAAGCUACUUCGAGUCUUGAUCCUGCUGGGGCUGAAAUCGUCCGUCGGACUGUGCAAGACCUGGUCGCAUCGCGCGAUGAUCUCACUGUGAUCAUCAUCACUCACGCAAAAGAGAUGAUCGAGAUUGCUGAUCAUGUUGUGGUUUUGGAUGAAGGAUCUGUUGUCGAAGAUGGCACAUACCGAGAUCUUUCGAGGAGAAAGGGUGGAAGAUUGUACAACUUGAUAAAUAGUCCCGAGAACACGUAG